AUGGGUACAGAGUCCAGUGCAAGAGACAAAAAUUUCAUGUCAGAAAACAUAAAAGCAAAGCUGCUAAAUAAUGGAAGAGUGGAAGAAUACCUCAAGUUGGAUAAAGAUGACAGUGAUAGUGCCUUAUUCACAAAGCUUUGUAAGGAAUCACUCCACAGUUUCUCCAAAAUAAAGAAAGAAAAGAAGACAAGAAAAUGUUUCAAUUGUUGGAAGUAUGGUCACUUGAAGUCCAACUGUCCCCAGAACCAAGUAUUGUCAAAAAAGGAUUCCAAGGGAAAAGAAAAAUCAUUUUUUUGUGCACUUGGUGUGUUGGAUUUCAACCAGAAUGAGUGGAUCACUGAUUCUGAAGCAUCAUCAUACACGAUUUCAAGGAAGGAAUGGCUCAGUUCACCAGAUAUCUCUUCCAUCAGGAAUGUUAUUCUUGUCCCUGGCUUAGCCACAAAUUUUUUAUCAGUUUCUGCCUUGGCUGAGAAAGACACCAUUAUUGUUCUUGACAAGGGUGGAUGUAAGAUGCUCAAAAGGAUGAGCUACUUCAUUCUGGGUCAGAGUCAAAUGGUAUUUAUAAACUAA